CUAUUUAUAGAUAAUAAUGAUAAUGAUAACAAUAAUAAUUAGGAAACAAAUGACUCAAAUAACUCAAGCCUGUCUAUUAGGUAAGCAGACUGUGUGUGCGUGCGUGUCUGUGCGUGUGCGUGUGACAGUAGGUAGGAGGUACAGACGGAGUGAAAGCGAGAAAGACGAGCAGAACAAGACGGAGCAUGCUGCACGGAGGAGCUGAGCUGCAACUUUGUGCCUUGUUGUCUCCACUGUUGGACACUUCCCUCCACUCCCAGUCACCGAAAUAUGACUUCCGGACUCGACGCGAGAGUUUUCUGCAGCUGAAUCCGAAUUUUUAAUAUUCUCAGUUCUGGAACAAGAAAUAAAUCAAAUCCCACACUGGUCCCGCGAUGAGCGCGUCUGCAGGCACCGGGGUGUUCGUGCUCUCCCUGAUGUCCAUCCCCAUCUGCUAUCUGUUCAACUCCCUCAUUUACAGCAACAGUGCUGAAGCUUUCUUCUUCGCUGGCUGCACAACAGUCCUCAUCCUGGUCGUUUCAGGACACUUUAUGUUGAAGAGGAAGGCUCCAGUAGAUCCUCUCUUCUAUGUGUACGCAGCGUACGCCUUCCUCAGCGUGGUGAAUCUGAUCAUCGGGCUGGAGCAGGACAACAUCGUGGAUGGAUUUGUGACGUUUUACCUCAAAGUGGCAAAUCCACAUAUCAAUACAGCACAUGGGCACAUGAUCUCCUACUGGGACGGCUGUGUGCACUAUCUCAUGUAUCUGCUCAUGAUUGCUGCCAUUACUUGGGGGGACAGUUACCGAGCCAUUGGACUGUACUGGGUGGGAUCCUUUCUCAUGCGUGCCAUAGUCUACAUUCUUGGGAAUGCUGUGGGGAAAUAUGGGACCCACGUCGGUCCUCUGUUCCUCCUCCACAUGCUGUACAUCUUACUGUCUGUGUGGGCCUGUUUCCGUAUCUUCAGCCAGCCGUCGUCAAGGGACGUUCAGCUGACAAACAUCCCUGCGGCUGAAAGAAGAAGUUUACUCCGCAGACCUCAGGACCUUCUGUUCAUUAUCUACCUCAUCCCCGCCUUUGCUUUCUGCGUCUUCAGAGGCCUGAUUGUUCUGGACUGUUCCAGCCGAUGGUGUCAGGACUACACGCGGCAGUACGAGCCUUACCUGAAAGACCCCUCAGCCUAUCCUAAAGUACAGAUGCUGGUGAGCAUGCUGUACUCUGGACCGUACUACAUCAUGGCUCUCUACGGGCUGAUGGUCCCAGGAUGUGAGUGGAUGCCAGACCUCACGCUUGUACACUCAGGAGCUCUGGCACAGGCCCAGUUCUCUCAUAUCGGUGCUUCUCUCCACACUCGGACGCCAUUCUCCUACAGAGUGCCUGCCGACAGCCAGCCCGUCUUCCUGCUGGUCAACCUCCUGUACGCUGCGGUGCCUCAGGCUCUGUGCUACCGCUGCCGCUCACAGCCGGCCUUCUUCCUCAGGCCAGCGCUGGAUAAGAAGAUUGAAUGACAGAGUGCCGCGAAUUUCAAGGAUGCCUGAAUAAAAGGCUGAAGUACCUAUAAAGUACCUCUCUGUGUUUGCAUUUAUUAGCAGUCGCUACUUUUGGAGAGAGAGCUGCUCCGAGGUCAGUGGAGAUGUAAGAGGACAUGACAAAAUGCUCCAGUGCUGAAGAGAGUUUCUGUCAUUAAUGUUCUGCUGCGUAUUUUUAAGAACAUGCACAUUAAUAAAAUGUGUGCUCGUGUAAAGCAACAGCAAGCGAAGGAAAGCAAAGACAGUGUGACAGUACAGAUGCUCUGCUGCUUUCAGACUGUUGUACAGGAGACAAAUUACUGAACAGUGCUUAUUUUUCUUAAGUUUUUUUCUGCUUUCUUGUUGACACUGAAGUUUCUGUGCUUUGCCUUUUUUGGCAAUGGGCUGUCAAAUAAAACAUUUUA